GGGGCGCAGCCCCGCACCCCCCCCCGCUCCCCCGCCCGCCGCCCCGCCAUGCCGGAGAAGCGGCCCUUCGAGCGGCUGCCCGCCGAUGUGUCCCCCGUCAACUACGGGCUCUGCCUCAAGCCCGACCUCAUCGACUUCACCUUCGAGGGCAAGCUGGAGGCCGCCGUGCAGGUGAAACAGGCGACCAACCAAAUUGUGAUGAACUGUGCUGACAUUGACAUUAUCACAGCUUCCUAUGCGCCUGAAGGAGAUGAAGAGGUACAUGCCACAGGGUUCAACUAUCAAAAUGAGGAUGAAAAAGUUACUCUUUCCUUUCCCAGUACUCUUCAGAAAGGGACAGGGACACUAAAGAUAGACUUUGUAGGGGAGCUGAACGAUAAAAUGAAAGGGUUUUACCGAAGUAAAUACACCACCCCCACCGGAGACACACGCUAUGCUGCUGUCACUCAGUUUGAGGCUACUGAUGCUCGCAGAGCUUUCCCUUGCUGGGAUGAGCCUGCUAUCAAGGCAACAUUUGAUAUCUCUUUGGUGGUUCCUAAGGACAGAGUAGCUUUGUCAAAUAUGAACGUGGUGGACCGGAAGCCGUACCCGGACGACGAGAACCUGGUGGAAGUCAAGUUCGCUCGCACCCCCAUCAUGUCCACCUACCUGGUCGCCUUUGUGGUGGGAGAGUAUGACUUUGUGGAGGCCAGGUCCCUUGAUGGGGUCCUCGUGCGUGUCUACACUCCCGUGGGCAAAGCAGAACAAGGAAAGUUUGCAUUAGAGGUUGCUGCUAAAACUCUGCCUUUUUAUAAGGACUACUUCAAUGUUCCUUACCCUCUUCCUAAAAUUGAUCUCAUAGCUAUUGCAGACUUUGCUGCUGGUGCCAUGGAGAACUGGGGCCUUGUUACUUAUAGGGAGACUGCAUUGCUCAUUGACCCCAAAAAUUCCUGUUCUUCAUCUCGCCAGUGGGUUGCUCUGGUUGUAGGACAUGAGCUUGCUCAUCAGUGGUUUGGAAACCUUGUGACUAUGGAAUGGUGGACCCAUCUCUGGCUGAAUGAAGGAUUUGCCUCCUGGAUUGAGUACCUGUGUGUGGACCACUGCUUCCCAGAGUAUGAUAUCUGGACUCAGUUUGUUUCUGCUGAUUACACACGAGCUCAAGAGCUUGAUGCCUUAGACAACAGUCAUCCCAUUGAAGUUAGUGUUGGCCAUCCCUCUGAAGUAGAUGAAAUAUUUGAUGCUAUUUCUUACAGCAAGGGAGCAUCUGUGAUCCGAAUGCUACACGACUACAUUGGGGAUGAGGACUUCAGGAAAGGAAUGAAUUUAUAUCUAACGAAGUUCCAGCAGAAGAAUGCUGCAACAGAGGACCUUUGGGACAGCCUGGAAAAAGCUAGUGGAAAACCUAUUGCUGCUGUGAUGAACACAUGGACCAAACAAAUGGGAUUUCCACUCAUUUAUGUGGAAGCUGAACAGCAAGAUGAUGACAAAGUGUUGAAGUUAGUCCAGAAGAAAUUCUGUGCCAGUGGACCAUAUACUGGGGAGGAUUUCCCCAUGUGGAUGGUCCCCAUCAGUAUUUGUACAAGUGAUGACCCCACCCGUGCCAAAAUGCAAAUAUUGAUGGACAAACCAGAGCUUACCUUGGUCUUGAAAGAUGUCAAACCAGAGCAGUGGGUGAAGUUAAACCUGGGAACAGUCGGGUUUUACCGUACUCAGUACAGCCCUGACAUGCUGGAGAGUUUAAUACCAGCCAUCAAAGACCUCUCCCUACCCCCCGUGGACAGGCUUGGCCUGCAGAAUGAUCUUUUCUCUCUGGCCCGAGCUGGAAUCAUUAGCACUGUAGAGGUUCUAAAAGUCAUGGAAGCUUUUGUGAAUGAGCCCAAUUAUACUGUGUGGAGCGACCUCAGCUGUAACCUGGGAAUUCUCUCAACUCUCUUGUCCCACACAGACUUCUAUGAGGAGAUCCAGGUGUUCGUGAAAGAUGUCUUUUCACCCAUAGGGGAGAGACUGGGAUGGGACCCCAAACCUGGAGAGGGUCAUCUAGAUGCCCUUCUGAGAGGUCUGGUCUUGGGCAAACUGGGAAAAGCUGGGCACAAGGCAACAUUAGAAGAAGCCCGACGCCGAUUUAAGGAUCAUGUGGAAGGAAAACAUGUGCUCUCAGCUGACCUGAGGAGUCCUGUAUAUGUAACUGUUUUGAAGCAUGGAGAUAGUGCUACCCUAGACACUAUGCUGAAGCUUCACAAGCAAGCAGACAUGCAGGAGGAGAAGAACAGGAUUGAACGAGUUCUUGGAGCCAUCUCUCAACCAGAACUGAUUCAAAAAGUUCUCACCUUUGCACUUUCAGAAGAGGUACGUCCCCAGGACACGGUGUCUGUCAUUGGUGGAGUAGCUGGAGGCAGCAAGCAGGGCAGGAAAGCUGCUUGGAAAUUUGUAAGGGAUAAUUGGGAGGAACUUUAUAAUCGAUACCAAGGAGGAUUCUUAAUAUCCAGACUAAUAAAGCUAACAGUGGAUGGAUUUGCAAAUGAUAAAAUGGCUGCAGAAGUUAAGGCCUUCUUUGAGAGCCACCCGGCGCCCUCGGCCGAGCGCACGGUCCAGCAGUGCUGCGAGAACAUCCUGCUCAACUCGGCCUGGCUGAAGCGCGACGCCGACAACAUCCACCAGUUCUUCCUGCAGCGCAAGGUCCCCCCCCCGGCCACCGUGUGACCCUCUCCUUGUCACUGCUGCAGUCCUGCUGGCCUCAUGGGGAGAGAGAGAGAGAGAAAGGGAGAGAGAGGGAGGGAGAAAGAAAGAAAGAGAGGGAGAGGGAGGAGCUGCCCAACAGCUGAUUCAUACGCCAAGAAUUUGGAGUCUUUUUCUCAAACCAAUGGGGAUUGGACAAUGAAUGUAGUUAACUGGUUCCUGCUCACACUCCAGAUUGAAAUUCUAUUAAAAUUAUCAGCAAUUCAGCAACAAGGAAAGAAAAGAAAAAGAAAAAGGAAUUUAAAAAACAACAAAAAAAAAAGAGAGAAAAAAAAAAUGUGUAAAUAUGAUAGUAAUAAAAUAGAGCAUAACAAAACUGUGAAACUUCCUCCAGCCUUGUCAGUGGUUAAAAUAUUUAACACACCCCCCCUCCCCUCCUCCUGACACACUUAUUGACAGAUGUUCUGUUUUUUACACCCUCCCCCAGCCCUCCCAAAGAGAGGGGAAAAAAAAAAAAAAAACAAGAAGGAAAGGGGUGGUUUCUAGGGCAGUGGAAUUUUGUGGAGAGUCUGGGGCAGGAAUGGGCUGGUGCCUCUGAGCGUGGUGUGGGACAGGUCCCUGGGCAAGGCAGGCAGCUGGUGUCACAUAGAGUCUGUGCAUCCUUCUCAGUGCAAGGUUUUGGGGAGAUGUUCCUGCAAACCCCCCCCACCCCCAUCAUCCAAGGAUACUAGGUUCCCUCCCUCUUGUGUUACCUCUCAGCAAAAAAAAAGAAAAAGAAAAAAAAAAGAAAUAAAACCAAUGUUCUGUUGCUCCUCAGUUCUCCUCCUUGGGUUUCACUGCUGAUGUCCUUCUUGGAGAUAAUGGAAUCGUAAGGAAACACCUUCCGCAGCCACAUGAAAUGAGAGAGAUUCAUGCAAUGAUUAUUCUUUUUUAUUUUAUUCCCCUCCCCCCCCCCCUCUUUACUAAAUGACACCCUCAACAUGCAUGCAAAGCAGGAGGCACCUGCUGUGUGCCUGGUUCUCCUGGCUGCUCUUGGGGCAGGUCUCUCCUGCUCGAGACACCGUUAACGUGUCUGAAAAGGUCCAGCUUGUCCAGCCUCCUCCUGCCCGUAGCAACACUAGCUUUUUGUUCCUUUCUGUGAUGUUGAUGGUAAUUUGAUUCAGAAGCCUUAAAUUAGUGAUGACUGGCGUGAUGAUGAAGUCUAAGCUGUGUGCCAUCAUUUACUUCCCAAAGCAGCGUGGUCUACUAACCAGCCACAACACCCUCUAAUACAAAGGUUGGAGCUCCAGCUAUAUUUUUAUUAUUAUUAUUCUAUUCUUUUUUUUUUUUUCUUUAACAGGAAUUCAUAUUUGGUGUGGCUUUAACUGUAUUUCAGAAGGUCAUCAGACUAACUGUCAGAACUGCUUCCCUGAAACAUUUUUGUGCUAUUGUUUAAAAAAAAAAAAAAAAAGGAAAAAAGAAGGAAAAAAAAAUUAAUAAUAAUAAUUAAAAGAGUUGGCGUUAAUAAAAAUGUCAAUGUGAAGUUCA